GAGAGGGAUGGAGGAAUCGAUUCGGAGCUUGUGCAAGGGCGUGGCGUCCUUCUGCAACCACCUCCAGAGCAGCUGCGACGCCCUCAAAACUUCCGUCGACCGCCGCCCCAUCCCUCUGGAUACGGCGUCGUCCACCUUCCUCCAAUCACUCAACCGCCGCGUCUCCGCCGCCAGCACCCAACUCAACCUCCUCGAAACGAUGUCGUUCGGCACCGUCUCCUUCGAGGAGCUCUUGGGACACUGCUCCGAGGUCUACAAGGACAACCAAACCCGCCUCCUCCACCUCCAACAUCGUCUCUCCCCCUCCUCCGUCGCCGAACUUGAGAUGGACGACGAUGAAGAUUUUACAUCGACGCCGGUUGAUGAGGAGGACGGAUUCGAUGCACCUGUCAUUGAUGAAGAAGAAGAUUUAUUGGAUGAGUCUCUGAGUUUGAAGAAGCUUGGGCUUUCGGAUGCAUCUCUUGCAUCUUUAGCAAAUGAUAAAAAUGAGGACACUGAUGUAUCUAUGCAUGUGUUGAAAUCCUUAAAGGGGUCAUAUGAUCCUUCCACGAAGACCUCAGGAGCUUCGGGAGAUAGAUUGCUAUCUGAUUUUGGUGAAGUUGAGGAUAAACCAAAGCUAGCUGAACUUCCUUUGCCUCUUGUAAAGGUGUCCCGGGAUGAUUACGAGAGCCUUCCUUCCUACAUGAAAAGUUUGGCACCUUGGGAGGACCUGCUUGCCGCUGUCGAGAAGAUUAACUCAAGCCUGAAACAGAAAGCGAGGGGGACUAAUUUCUUCCAUCAAGAUGAAAUUUCAUCCUUGGGCUUAGGGCCGAAAGCGAGAUCUUACUUGCUGCUGCUUGUACGCAUGAAUCGAUUGGUUGUUGAGACCGUAAAUGGUUUAAUCUCAUACCGAGUUUUGUAAUGAGAUGUGUAUUAUAUCAGAUGGAGUUCAUACACACGAAUGUAGUCCAAUGGAAAGGGGGAAAAAAACGCCAGCAAUCUUGCUGACAGAACUGGGUGAGCCGUUUACGCAAUUAUGCAAGGAAUCGGCGGAUUAGUUGUUUAAUUUCUUUUUAAGGCCCGUCUGAGAACCGUUUCAUUUUUAGUUUUUGGUUUUCACUUUUUGUGUUAGUGAUGGUGAGAGAGCAUUAACAUACUAGUACAUUUUACUUACUGGUCCUGCACCCGCAUUUCUUUAACGAGCGGUUCCGUUUACUCCCAAUUCUCGUCUUUGGACACUCCUGGAAACUCACUCAAUUGAAUUAAUUUUCUUUGUACA